UCAAGUCAAUUAAUUGUCAUGGUGGGACGUAGGUAGUAGGGAAUAAAGGUGUUUCUUUUUAUAUUUAAUGUGAAUUUUUACUUUUAACUUGAUGUUAUCUUUAAAUAAUUUUGUUUUCUUUGUUUCAUUUUGUACUAUAUACAAGAUUCAUUUCGUCUUUGUAUCAAGGAGUGAAAGCUAGUCAUUCGAAAACAUUGUAAUGGUGAUAAUAAUGGCAUAUCGUGUUUUGUUAGUUUUUAUUUUCGCUAUAUGUGUAAAAACAGAAGAAGAACCGACUUCUUCACAUAUGUCUUCAAAAGAAAGAUUUAGUCUACGGGAAGAAGCCAGGAAAAUGUUUUAUCAUGCUUAUAAUGCAUACAUGGAUAAUGCAUAUCCUGCUGAUGAACUGAUGCCACUAAGUUGUAAAGGGAGAUGGAAAGGUAUCACACCUAGCAGAGGCGAUAUGGAUGACACUCUUGGCAAUUUCUCCCUGACUCUCGUGGACAGUCUUGACACACUGGCGGUGAUGGGCGACUUCUCGGAGUUCAGUCGCGCCAUGAAGCUUGUCAUCAAGGACGUCACCUUCGACCAUGACAUCGUCGUCUCUGUGUUUGAGACUAAUAUCCGUGUCGUUGGUGGUCUGCUGUCGGCGCACGUGAUCGCGACAUCGCUGCAGCCUGAGGUGCCGGUGCUGCAAUGGUAUUCCGGGGAGCUGCUGGCCAUGGCUGAAGACCUCGGGCGGCGGCUGCUGCCGGCAUUUAAUACCUCCACUUCCAUACCCCAUGCUAAUGUGAAUCUUCGGCACGGCAUCCGCGGGAUGUCUGAGUCGCGUGAGACGUGCACGGCGUGCGCGGGCACGAUGAUCCUGGAGAUGGCCGCGCUAUCGCGGCUCACUGGCAACCCUAUCUACGAGCAGAAGGCGCAUAAGGCUAUGGAUCGGCUUUGGAGGAUCAGACAUAGGACGUCAGACUUAAUGGGCACAGUAAUCAACAUUCAUUCAGGCGACUGGGUGCGUAAGGACUCUGGCGUGGGGGCCGGCAUCGACUCUUACUACGAGUACUGUCUCAAGGCGUACAUUCUACUGGGGGACGAGAAGUACCUGGCGCGCUUCAACCGGCACUACAACGCUGUGAUGAAGUACAUCAGUCGAGGACCCGUGAUGCUUGCUGUACAUAUGCACAGGCCUCACCUGCAGUCGCGCAACUUCAUGGACGCGUUGCAGGCGUUCUGGCCGGGGCUGCAGGUGCUGCUGGGCGACGUGCAGCCCGCCGUCGAGACGCACGAAAUGCUUUACCAGGUUAUGCAGCGGCACACCUUUAUACCUGAGGCUUUCACCUCCGAUUUCCAGGUGCACUGGGGCCACCACCCGCUGCGGCCGGAGUUCCUGGAGUCGACGUACUUCCUGCACCGCGCCACGGGCGACGACCACUACCUGCACGUGGGGCGGGCGGUCCUGAAAGCGCUGCAGCAGCACGCGCGUGUGCCGUGUGGAUACGCCGCCGUAAAUGACGUCAGAACUAGGCUACACGAGGACAGAAUGGAUUCGUUCGUACUUGCGGAAACGUUUAAGUACCUUUACAUGUUGUUUGGUGAAGAUAGAGACUUGCCAGUAAAGUUGGAAGACUACCUGUUGACCACGGAGGCGCAUUUCUUGCCGCUGUCGUUAGCCACUGCUGGGAAAAACGUGUCAUACUUCACCCUGAAGAUUGACGACGCUGAUGAAGAUAAAUAUAGGAAGACAUGUCCGAACACCGCAUCUCUGGUGGCGGAGAAGGUGCGGCAGCCGAUGAGGCAGUUGCUGGGGUCGGCGGCGCGGCCCCCCGCGCGCCUCCGCCCCCUCAACGAUCCCCGCCAGAUCCACGCCCUCGCUGACAUGGGCAUAUCCGUGUUGACGCUGCCCGACGGCCGUGUGCAACUGUUAUACACCACCAGCACGGCAAAGUCGGCGAAAGACGCAGCGGAAGGCCUAACAUUUAUGCGGGAGAUGUCAAAAUGGAAUUCGCUGAGCGACGCGGAGAACGGCGUGACGCCAGCGGGCGUGGCGGUGCGCGAGCGCGUGUUCCCGGCCGGGCCGGCGCACUUCGGCGCGGAGCUGCGCGCGCCGCGCGCCGGCGUCGCCGCGCUCGCCGCGCCAUCCGACGCCUGCGCGCCUCUCUCCAACGCGCUACAGGUGCGCGACAGAUUCGCCAUCGCCCACCGCGGCACCUGCACCUUCGCGCAGAAGGUGCGGCACAUUCAGGCCGCCGGCGCCACCCUCGCCAUCAUAUUCGACAACGUCCCAGACUCCACCUACGUCACUACCGCCCUUUUCGCUAUGUCCGGCGACGGGAAGGACGACAUCAAAAUUCCCGCAGUAUUCCUAUUCUCCGAAGAGGCGAAAUUUCUCUCUGACGCUCUCCGAGAUGAUCCCGACCUGCAACUUGUAGUCGGUGAGCUGAAAUCUUUACAGAAAAAAUACGAACACACUUGUGACGAAGGCUCCUGCGACACCGUACUUACUACGCAACCGGAGACUGUAGAUAAAGAAUCUUUCGAUCAUCUCAAGCGUGUACUUAGUCAACUAGUGACCCAGUUCGAGUUAUCCCUCUCUAAUGACGAGCAGAGUGGACAAAAAUCCUGUCAAGAACCAUUCGAGGGAUUAAACAUAUCAAAAGACAAGUUCGUCAACGACGAACGAAGAGUGGAAGGGCCACCAAAUGUGUGUUCAAUCAAAGUUGAACAAAAAAGCCGGGAAACGACCGACCAGGCGCCGGAUGCUAAUGCGGAUAUACCAUGAGAUUUGUCUUAGGUAGUUUUUUAAAUUGUAAAUAAAAUUAAUUGUAUGCAUAUGUAUAGUGUACAUAUUAAGAUAUAUAAGUGAACCUGAGGAAUAUUUGUGCCUUUUCAAAGUCUAAUAUUCGGUUCGUUUAUUUAAUUUUUUUUGUUCAUUAAAUAUUUUUACAGCACACAAUUAAUAUUUUUACAUUUCUUAUUACAAUUUUAUUUUCAAAAUAUACACUCAGAUAAUGUAACUAAGGUAAGACGAAAACAAGACGUGUCUUGUUUUCAUCUUACCUUAGUUACAUUAUCUGAGUGUAUAUUUUGGAUCACGUCCAUAUGAAUACAAGUUCGACCACCAAGUCCUGAAUUUAGUCGAAUUGUAUUUUUAGAAACAUCCCAUUCAGAAUACAAUCUUUAACCGGUGAUCUUUUUCGCUGUACAAAAAACAAUAAUUAAUACAACUAUUUAAUAAAUACGUGUUUUUAAAUUUUGAUUAUUUAAAAAUACAGUUUCUGUGGUUACCAACCUUUACAUGUCUUUGUCUAUCUUUAAUUUAUAUCAAACUCACUAUAUAUAUCAAAUGAAACAUUAAUACAUUGUAUUAUUGAUAAUCAUCCUUUCCAAUAUUAUAAGUUCAAGGAAAUGAUGGAUAUUUGAAUUUGUAUUACACUUUCACGCGACUAAACGUACUCGACUAGAUCAUGAAAUUGAGCACACUAUUAGAAGUAAAUGAUUAUUUAUCCGUGAAUUUUCACGAGAAAGCAGGUGCUCAAUUAGUACGUGUACCUACGUACCAAUGAUGGUUACAUAAGUUAGGCAUGUGAGAAAUAGGGUCUUUCCCUAAACAUUAUUUAAAAAAUAAAAUAAUAAAAAUGUGUUUUUACGACAGUGCAUAUACACAUAAUUUAUUUCAGAAUUUAUUUCCUACAUAUGUACCUAUUGGUUACAUUUUUAUACAGGAUUAACUUGUAAUGUUCUCCAGUUAACUAGUACUAUGUAUAUAGACAUGUUUUUUAUUUUUGUUGAUCUAUACUAUAUGCAGGCGCAAGUAUAGAUACAUGUAUAUACUAUAUAUAUAGAUCAACCACAUUAGGUAUGAUCUUUAGAGAUCAUACCUGAUUUGGUCAUAUUCUUAUUUUGUAAAUAAUAGUUUAGGAUUUAUAACAGAUCAGAAUCACUUUUUAUACAAAAAAUAUGAUAUUAUUUAAAAAUUAAUUUAAUAAUUUUGUAAAUAAUUAGGAUCUUAAUAAUGUAAAUCUAUAUAAUUUAAUCAAUAUAUAUAUUAGAAUACAAAUCAAAGGAAUUAACAUAAGCUCGAAACUUGUGUUAAUGAAUACUAACUCAAGCAUACUAUAUUUUGUUACACGUAUAGAUAAAAAUGGUGAUGUUAUGAUUCCUAUUAUAGACGAAAUUUGUGUUAUACAUGUUUCCCCGCCAUAGGAAAUAUUAUAAUAAGUGCAUCACUGAAAUCAUAGACAUAUUGACUUGUAUUGUGCACCAACGUAACAGGUGGCUUGUGUUGGUGCUGCCAUCUACGCAGAAUAUUGCAUAACAUUCCCUAUAGGCGUCUGUAUUUUCACCUUCUCGGUUGACUUUUUUUGUAGGACUGAUGUUAAAUCUGGAUUGGAAUCGACAAAGAGUUUACUGUGUCCUGUUUUCUUUUUAAACUAUGCAAUUUAUGAUUAAAUAUUGUAAAAAAAACU